AUGUUGAUUUCAUCAAUCAAAUUACCACGAAAGCCAAGGUACUGGAAUGUGGGUAAAAUAGGCCCAAAUGAUGAAGAUCCUCCAAAUUUCGAUAACUUCCGCCCAUUUGGGCCAUGGAAGACACCAGCAGCAAAACAAUUUGGACAAGUAGAACGUGUGUGUGGUCACAUCGUAAACAGAAACAUCUACAAGCCUUCGAAGAUAUUGCUUAAUAGUGGGAUUGGCAGAAACAAAGCAGCGGAUAUUGGCGGCAUUGGUUUGGAGUGA